UUAUAGGAACAGUAAAUACCAAUAAACUCUAUAUGUAACUUUUAAUAAAAUAAGCAAUAUAGAAGUUACGUUUAUUAAAAUUUAAAUUAUUCAAGAGAUCACUAAUGGGCUUGGAAGGCACAGUCACCACCCUAUAGAGUGGGCCAUACAAGAGCAAUACACGAAGGAUGGGCCUAAAUUAUUUAAGAGAUCACUAAUGGGCUUGGACGGCCCAGUCCCCACCCGAUAGGUGGGUCAUAUAUACAAGAGCAAUAAACAAAGGAUGAUAAAUAUAUAAUAAUUAAUGAAUAUUAAUAAUUCAAUGUUUAAUAGAUAUAGGUUUGGAAUCCAUAAUUUAGUGAUUAGAUUACAAAUCCAAAAACACAAUGCAAAUAGGAUUCUUCAACUAAUAUAAAUUUGCCGGCAAAUUCACCAAGCAUUGCAGCAAAAGAAGAGAAAGAGAAGCUUAGCUCGAUCUUCAGUCUUCAACAGUUUUCUUGUAGUUGUCUAUCAGCGGUAUUGAAACAAUGUCUGACGCCGGAGAGAUUGCUUGCACCUACGCUAUUUUGAUUCUCUACGAUGACGGAAUUCCUAUCACAGCGGAGAAAAUUAAUGCCAUUAUUAAGGCCGCGAACGUGAGGGUGGAGCCCUACCUGCCGAGCCUCUUUGCUAAGCUCGUUCAGAAGAGGAACGUUGAUGAUCUCAUCUUGAACGUUGGCUCUGGUGGUGGCGCCGCUGCUGUUGCCACUGCCGCUGCACCUGCGGCUGACUCGGCCUCGGCCGCCGCCCCUUCGGCUCCUCCUACGGACACAAAGGUAGAAGUUGUGGAUGACAGUGAUGGAGACAUCGGUUUUUCUUUGUUUGAUGAUUAGAAGCUGCCCCUUUCACGGUCGCUCGACGAUCAAUAUUUCGUUCUCAGCUCAUAGUGAUCGGCUCCGUUUGUUGCAGUUUAAUUAAAGAAAUUAUAGCUUAUAUCUUCUUAGAUUAUAUCUUCUAAAACUUAGAAUAAAUUGUGAAUCUGUUUACAACACUUCUUAAAAGUUGUAGUUAAGUAGUUGUGGUGUUUGAUAUCAUAAACUGUAAAAUAACUUAUUUUUGUAUAAUUGUCCAUAAUACUCUUAAUAGU